AUGCAGUCCUCUAGGUACAAGAUGUAUCUGAGCUUGCUUGGGAGGUUGGAUGUCUUGAUCUCGCAGGGAGGUGACCCUGAGGACAUUGCAGCGGUCAAAGCCCUGAUGAGGAGUUAUCAGUAUGAUAGGUACGCCUCCCUUGUAAAGGAGAGGGAUCAUGGGUCUUGCCACUCGCCCGAUCCUUAUCUGAGUUGCAAGCGGAAGGAAGGUACCAAAACUAUCUCUGGUCUGCGGGGCACCAACGGGAUCCUCGAGGAGUCUCCUCACGGGAUUCUGAAGGUGGUCCGCGACUACUAUAUUGAGCUCCUCGGUAAGGGCAGCCCCCGAUGUGCCGAGGGGGGAAAAUCACGUGGGAGAGAGGUUGAUAACGUCUUAAACGAGCUCACCCUCCCUGAGCAUAGCGACCUCUCUUUUGACGAGUUGAUUAGCGAGAUCACCAUAUUAGAGGUCACAGAGAGUAUCCAUCAGCAGAACAAGUGUAAGUCGCCAGGUCCUGAUGGGCUGACGGCUGAGUUUUACCAACAGUUCUGCGAUCUCUUGGCCCCUCAUUUAACCGAGGUGUUUAAUGAGAGCUUAGCUCAAGGAUUAUUGCCACCCUCGAUGAGGACUUCUGCUCUGAUCUUGCUGACCAAGCCGAACGUGCUCGACACAGCGGAUGUGGGGAACUGGCGCCCCAUAUCCCUGUUAAAUGUCGACAGGAAGGUCCUGGCAAAAAUUUUGAUGAAACGGGUACAGGGCCUAGCGAGGCGUAUCCUAUCCACCUCCCAGUACUGUACAAUCGGGGGACGAACUGUCUUCGAUGCCGUUUUCGAGGUCAGGGAAGCUCUCGAGAAGUGCAGGGCCGGAGGAAGGGGGAUACACCUUCUGGCACUUGAUCAGUCCAAAGCUUUUGAUCGGGUCGAUCACCGUUAUCUGUGGUCAGUCUUGCGGAAGUAUGGCUUGCCGGGUAAAUUCAUCAAUUGGGUCAUCACCUUGUACAGAGGGGCCGAGAGCUUUGCUCUUGUGAACGGGUGGAGGGGCAGGACGUUUAGGAUCCGAUCCGGGGUCCGGCAAGGCUGUCCCCUCAGCCCGCUCCUGUAUGUGUUUGCAGUCGAUCCCUUCAUCCGAAGGGUCGAGGCGAGCACGUUGCAGGGAGUGGCCAGGGCUCCGGAGAGGCCUUUACGGGUAGUUGCCUACGCAGAUGACAUCUCCAUUGUGGUCUCCGAUACACAGGAGGCCACGGAGGUGGAUGAUUUAAUCUUAGCGUAUUCUGCCGCUUCGACCUCUCGUAUCAACAGGGACAAGAGCGGAGUUUUCUGGUGCGGGAAGGAGGGGGACCAGUUCCCUCUUCCAGACGGUUUCCCGCGGGCCCAGUCUGAAAUUAAAAUCUUGGGGGUGAUUUUCGGACCAGGGGAUCUGGCUCUCAGGAACUGGUCCGAACGGCUUGCCAUAGCUUCCAGCAAGGUGGAGGAGAGCCACAGGUGGAAACUGACGUACAGAGAACAGGUGAAACUGAUCAAAACCUAUGUUCUGACCGUAUUCGGCUACGUCAGUAACAUCUUCCUUUUGCCCAGGUCCCUUCACGCUCGGAUGUUUGCGCUGUUCUUCCGCAUGUUGUGGGGGAACAGACUGCACCUCAUCAAGAGAGGGGUCACUUACCUGGCCAGAAAGGACGGGGGUCUGGCCAUGGUCAACCCCAUCGUCUUCUUAAAAGGGCAAGUCUGGUGCCAGCAGCCGCGGUAAUUCCAGCUCCAACCUCUGGGGGCUGGAUAGUGGAAGGCUGCUGGAGGUUGCACUGCAACAGCUCCUGCUGUGGAGGUUUUUGUGGGAGGUUGUCAGUUUUUUUUCCCCUGGUUCCCUGCACUGUUUUUGGCUUGAAAACUCACUGGACUUGGGGGCUCUGCCUGGGCCUAAGGAAGCAUGGCCCUCGGGCCUUCCUCCCCAGCCUGGGGAUGGAAGGUCAAGCUGGACAAAUUACAGGCAAGUCUGGCCUUUGGGGAUGGCAAGGUGGAUACCAGGAGCCUGUCCUGGACUGAACACCAGGCCCUCUCCCGGCAAGUAAGACAGCAAGUUGCACAGUUGGAAGCUUGCUGCCUGGAAGAAGGGAGUGGGGGUCCCCCAGGGAGCCACGGCCCAUACCAGGGCCGAUAUCCAGCUGCUCUCUGGGUUGCUGGCUGAGUGUAAGGAACUUGCCAGCAACGGCCUCCACUUCCUGGAGCGGCCCCCCCCGUCACUGGAAACGGAAGAGGGUCCCGGGGAUGAGGUAGUCCCUGAGACCCCUCCUGAGGUGGCUAGUACCAGCGAGGCCCCUCAGGCCUCCCUCACCUAUGCUGCGGCUGCAAAGGGUGAGGGGGUUGAGGCUAGGGCACUCAGAGGGCUGCCUUCUGACAGGCUCUGGGGUCUGCUUGUGUCCCUGAAGGCCCAGCACGCCGAGGCGGAUUCGGGCCUUGCUGGGGUCCAGGCAGAGCUCAGAGAGCAGAGGGAGAAGUCUAGCAGGACCUCUAACCACAAGAGGGGUCCUGUGAGGGCUAUCAUAGCACAGAAAAAGCUAGAGGAGCAGCGGCUGUCUUAA